ACAGCUGUCUGUGAUUCAGUCAGUCGCUUCAUCUUAACGGAGAACUUGAACCUGAGUCGUCCUCGUCUUCAUCAUCCUCGUCUUCUCCGUGUGGAGUCACCGGGUCUGGACCGGAUCGAGGUUCCUCAGCUGCCCCUCUGCUGCUCUGAUACCCCCCUCUGAGACUUUGAUCUCGCAGUGGCUGCUGGGAGAUAAAGAGCUUCUCCUUUUCUUCUUCGGAGUCCGCAGAGAUGUCGGCCGUUAUCCCGGAGCAGGUCCGGAGCGAGCAGGGGAGCCGCAGCGGAGCCGAGCCGGAGCAGCCGGAGGCCGGCGUCCUGCAGCCGCAGACCGUGUUUGUCAUCCUGGACCCGGCGGAAACUCUCAACGUUGUCCGAGUGGAGUCUGGGAUCGUUGCUGACAUCGAGGUCGACAAUCUGCUGCCAUCUGACUGCGACACCUUCUAUGAAAUCAAGAGUCAGCCAAUCAGCAUCAGUUCAUCAGCAGGAUCUCCCUCCUCUUCAUCUUCUUCACUGCCGUCAGUGAUGUCAUCGAGGGUUUUGAUGCGUCAGGAUCUAAUGCGUCAGCAGGCUCUGGAGGAGGAGCAUAAGGAGGCGCAGAAGCAGCAGCAGCAGCUGCUUCGCUUCUCCGACUCCUCCUCGCCCAUCUGCGUCUCGGUGCCCUCCUCCUGCAUACCUCCCGCUCAGGUCCCCGUGGAGGUGCUAAAGGUGCAGACUCACCUGGAGAAUCCCACCAGGUAUCACAUCCAGCAGGCUCAGAGGCAGCAGGUCCGUCAGUACCUGUCCACCACCAAGACAGCCAAUCAGCAGCAGGCUGCAGUGGCAAGCCACUCCACCCUCGGACAGCCAGUGGACGGGAGCCCCGAACAGGAAGUAGAAGACAUCAUCGUCGAUGACAUCAUCAGCCUGGAUUCGAGCCUGAACGACGAGUUUCUGACACUGAUCGACUCGGAGCUGCAACUCGCCAACACGCUCCCCGAUCCUGAGAACUUGCUGGACGGGUAUGGUGGCAGCGGCGGGAACACCACGCCUACGCUUACCGUUAGCAACAGCUGCCCGGCCAACCUGCACGCCGUCAAGAGAGAGCUGACUGAGGUGGAGGCCAAAGCUCUGAUUAAAGAAAGACAGAAGAAGGACAAUCACAACCUCAUCGAGAGGAGGCGGCGCUUCAACAUCAACGACCGGAUCAAAGAACUCGGAGCUCUGAUCCCUAAAUCCUCUGACCCUGAGACGAGGUGGAACAAAGGAACCAUCCUGAAGGCGUCGGUGGAUUACAUCCGCAAGCUGCAGAAGGAACAGCACAGAGCCCGAGACAUGGAGGAGAGGCAGAGGAGGCUGGAGAACACCAACCGCUCGCUGAUGCUCCGCAUACAGGAGUUGGAGCUUCAGGCUCGUGUCCAUGGCCUCUCCUCUUCCUCCUCCAACUCACCUCCCCCGAAGUCCUCCUCCUCCUCUCUGGACCCCCAGACCCUGCUCUCUCCUCCACUGCUUCACCCCUUUUCCUCUUCCUCCUCCCCCUCCUCCUCCUCCCUGGUGACUCCCUCUCUGGGUCUGGAUGCUCUGACUUUUACGGACCUGGAUGAGCCUCAGGGAGCCGCCACCGUUUUCUCCCCAGACCUGAUGUCUGACAUGGGGCUGACUGACCUGCACGGCCUGGGGGGCCUCCUGAUGGAGGACGGGAGCGGGGCAGGAGUGAUGUCCGACCCUCUGCUGUCCUGCGGAGCCUCGAAGACCAGCAGCAGGAGGAGCAGCUUCAGCAUGGAUGAGGAUCUUUGAUGACCCCGUCGCGCACAGGGAUCUGAUUGGCCAGAACUGAAGGCGGGACUUCAUUUUAAAUUUUUUUAUGGAACUACUUUACAAUCUGUGACAUCAUCAAAGCAAAAAACACACCAAGGUGAUGCAGUGUAACAGAAACCAUCAGCUGCAUGUCUUCCAGUGGACUCCCCUUUGUCCUGAAGUGUUGUUGUCACAGCUGUUGUUGCAAACUCCAGUGUCAAAAUUGUGUUCAGGUUCCUCACAUGCACUCACCUGAACUGCUGAGACUCAAAGAAUCCUGAUUUUUCUUUUUAAAAAUGUGGAUUUAGGAGGUUUUAUAAAGUAGUCAAAAUACUGAGACAUUGAUUGUGCCUCAGUUAAUUCCUGUAAAUAUAAAUGAAUCUAUAAUCACUGUGCUGGAAAACGGAGUAGAGAUUUUUAUUGGAUCAGAGGAAUCUGCAAAGCUUCAGGACUUUGAUUCAGUUUUAUUUUUAAUAUAUGCGCUGCCUGUUUGAAACCAUGUCCAGAGCAAAAAGAAGGGAAACUUUUGUAAUCGGCCACCAAUCCUUAAGAAAACUGUUCCUUUCAGUUUGUUUCAUCUUUAGAGUUUUAUGUUUUAUUGGCAUUGAGACUCCUCUCAUACAGCAGCCAAAUUAACAUUUCAAGCUUCAAUAAAUCCUUGCUGAUGAGUUUAUAAUCGUUAGCCUUCAAUUAAACUAGUUACAGUUUCCAUUGCUUAAGGCUAAUUAUAAGCUAACUCUUAGCUGCAGGUGUUUUGUCUUCAGGAACCCUCCUAGCUUAUAACAGACAGGUUACCAAACAAGAACUUGUCGAGUUAGCUGUUAAUGUUAAAACGUGCUUGCAUUAAAAGCUAACAGUAGUUACAUACUGUUGUUCAUAUUCUCCUACCUGCUAGAUUAGUUGGCUACUGUACAGAGUGAGCUAGCUGCUAUCUGUGCUUGAUGUAAUUAGCUCUAGCUAAAAUCGUGUCAUCUUAGCAGCUAUGUUUGUUUGUGGAACGAUUUCCUCAUAUGUUACAGUCGCUGAUAUAAAUGUAUCUGGGUUUUAUUGGAAAUUUAAGGAGCUCUGCUGGUGAUGCUGGUUAGGAAAAAUAAUACUGACUGCAGACAAGUUAGUAAGAUGUGGGAACAGAGACACAAGCUAAAUGAGAUCUCUGCUGAUCUCUAUUACUUUAUUACCGCAUGAUCACAACUCAAACAUCAGAAACAUCAGCCCGAAUGGCCGCCAACGUCACUCCCUUAAAUAUGGCAGACAACAGCCUGCAGACCGCGGUUCAUGUGCCAUGUGGGAUCUUUGUGUUUGUGUGUAGUUUUGUUUCAUUUUCAACCAGUUUGCCACAUUUUUGGCACCAAAACCAACAUUAACCAUGUUAAAAUGUUGGUUUUUGUUGUUUAUCUGACAUCUAAUAGGUCACCAUUGGAAUCUUGGUUUCCUUCUAUUUAUCAUUAAUUUCAUGAUACUUCUUUUAGACUUUGAGAAGGUGGUGGAGAGUGCCGACUAGUCAUGUGUAAACGACUGAUUACAGUUGAUAAUGGCCAUUUAUUGAUGUCAUUCAUCGAAUUUCCCAGGUGAUACUAAAUCAUGGCCAAACAAUAGUAUUUUUUCCUGCUAACGUCAUCUGUGCCGUGUACUACAAAGCAAGACUAUAUAGCAUAUAUUCAUAACAACAGCCAUCUCAGGGCACUAUACAUCGAGUUCACAAGCUAUCAACUUUCUAUGAUCAGUACUUGGCGACAGUAGGGAAAAAAAACCCUACCUUUAUAACUGUAAAAAAUAUGCAACAGAACCAGGCUCAUGCCUUCAUACCAGGGAAAAUAUGAAGGAAGGAAGGGUGAAGACGGGAAAGAGGAACUUAAUUACAAGAAAAAACACUGAGCUUGGUGUGGCCAGUAAAACCUGUUGGGCUGUUAUGUAUUGUUAGCAAUGCAAGUUACAGUAACACAGACUGUAUGAACCUACGUGCAUUCAGUUAUUGAUACAGAAAAUACACAAAUAUCACUUAAAUUUGGUCAAAGCGAUUUCUGGCAGAUGGAUAAACAGUGUAUUCACUUUAGGAAGGAACCAGAUUAGCAGUAUUCGACAGCAUGCCUCUCUGGUUGUAUUUAGAGAACCACUAUAAAGUUUUGUCAGAUCCUUCACAGCUCUCUGUGACCCGUUCUUCUUCACAGAAGAAGGCAGUGUCGCUUGAUUGGUGCUCAAUGACACGUCAAACGCGUUACUGUGCUCACAGUUUGAUAAAGAAAGGCUGACGUAAUGAAGAAAGUUGGUAACUAUUGUUGUGAUACCAAUUAUCUCUGAAUGUUGCUUCAGGUGUAAGCCAGAGAAAACCUGCCUGUGUCCAGCUAGAAAUGAGAUUUAAUACCUGAAUGAUGAUCAGCAGAGUCAGGUGUUCAGUUAUGAGGAUCAGGUUAUUCUUUCAUAAAGGGAUUUCUUUUUUCUUUUUUAAAAAUCUAUGUUUAUGUCAUUUAUGUUUAUCAUAUGUUUACAACCGUACAGUUUGUCAUUGUUUAUUCUCAGUUAACAGUUUGUUUUAUAGAUCCAUCAAGGUUCACAUGCCAACUUUUAUAUAGAAAUAAAUCAUUAAACAGAA